ACCUCAACUUUUUUUUCAGUUUUGACGUAAGAGGAAAACCCCUAUCGCAGGCGCGCCACUGGUCAGCACCGGAAGUGUUCGGCUCGAGGGCGUACUUCCGGACAGUAUCCGAGCCGGCGCAGCUCGUCAUCGACGACAUCCGGCGUCACGACGAAGGCGUCUAUCGAUGCAGAGUGGACUUUCGAAAUGCCCAGACCCGCAGCUUCCGUUACAAUCUCACGGUUAUCGUGCCACCCGAACCUCCAACAAUCUUAGACAAAUGGGGUAGACAUUUGAAUACCACAAUUGGUCCUUACGAUGAAGGGGACGACAUAUCAUUAACGUGCAGAACCGUAGGAGGUCAUCCCCAACCAGUAGUUAGAUGGUUGGUCAAUGGACUCAUAGUUGAUGAUCAGUACGAGCACAAUGCAGGUGACGUCAUUGAAAAUAUAUUGACAUGGCCAUCAAUUAGAAGAAAGGAUUUGGAUGCUUUGUUUACUUGUCAAGCUGUUAAUACGAAACUUACUGAACCCAAGGAAGCUUUUGUGGUGCUGAAGAUAAACCUGCGACCUUUAACGGCUGCAAUAACUGAAGUGAAAGGACCUCUGGUGGCCGAUAAACGUUACGAAGUUACAUGCGAAUCAGCGGGGUCUCGUCCACCUGCAAUAAUCACGUGGUACAAGGGCAAGCGACAGCUCAGAAGAACAAAGGAAGAAACACGAGAAAACGUAACAAUAAGUGAGUUAAGUUUCGUCCCGACAACGGAGGACGAUGGAAAAUCCAUAACAUGCAGAGCAGAAAAUCCAAAUGUCACCGGCCUUUUCCUCGAGACUUCGUGGAAAAUUGACGUCGUGUAUCCCCCCAUCGUGACGCUGUGUCUGGGGAGCACCCUUAACGCCGACGAUAUCAAAGAAGGCGACGAUGUCUAUUUCGAGUGUCACGUUACGGCCAACCCGGUUUGGAGGAAACUCACCUGGCUGCACAACGAUGUCAUACUAAACCACAACUUAGCAAGUCGCACCAUCUUCAGUAACCAAAGUUUGGUUAUGCAGAAAGUCACAAGGCAAAGCGCAGGCAGAUACAGAUGCUCAGUGGUCAAUUCAGAAGGAGAAACCGUCAGUGAUGAAUUGAAUUUCAGAGUACAAUAUGCACCCACUUGCAAACACGACAAAGUAGUCAUAGUAGGAGCUUCGAGAGGCGAAAGCGUCGACAUCGUCUGCGAAAUUGAAUCGGACCCGCCUGCUAGAUCCUACCGUUGGAAGUUCAACAAUUCCGGUGAAACGUUAGACGUUGCUUCCGAAAGAUACGCGAAAACUAGUAACGGAUCAAUGAGUAUCUUAAGGUACACACCAGUUUCGGAAUUAGAUUACGGGUCACUGUCUUGCUGGGCGUCGAAUUCUGUCGGGCAUCAAUUCGAGCCAUGCACGUUUCAACUUGUGGCUGCAGGAAAACCGUUUCCUGUAAAAAACUGUACCCUCUCAAACCAAACCAGCAGUUCGGUUGAAGUCUACUGCCUUCCAGGCUUCGAUGGGGGUCUUCCGCAACACUUCGUUCUUGAACUGUAUUCGUCUAGUUCAUCUGAUCCGAGAUUCAAUAUGACUUCUUUCAUGGAGCCGUACUUUUUCUUGGACAACUUGGAACCAGAUGUCACCUUCAGGAUCGUAGUAUUCGCUGUUAACAUCAAGGGAAAGAGUCAUAGCGUCGUUUUAGAAGAACUGACUUUCCGGGAUGCUGAAAAGAGAACAGCUCAAGAUGGAGAUCUUUCAAUUUCACCAAUAUUGGGUAUUCUAAUAGGAGCAACGUUAACAAUAAUCAUAGUAAUCUUCCUUAUCAUCGUCAGGAUUAGAAAAUCUCAAAACACAACGAACGGUGCCGCGUUAGAACAAAAAGUUUCUGUUGGUCCAACGCAUCACCAAAAUACUGUAUCUUCUACGAAACCCUUGCUGAGAAGCGCGUCUCCCAGAGACAUGGAUGAGAGGGAUCCAGAUGUAAUUCCUGCCAAAUACGGCUCUCCUGACGGGGAAAAUGACAGACAGGCAGGUGUCGGUGGGACAGCAAUUAUUGGUUCUCUAACUGGAUCGCAAACAGUUCCAGUGAGAAAUAUCUCAAAGGCACAAAAUUACGCUCAAUCCAAUGUUCCGUCGCCGCAGUGGAUUAGUCCGGUAACUAAUGAACAGUACCACCAAUACAACAACCCCGUAGCGAUGGUCAGCGGGACCUUUCCCAGAGGAACACGACCGAAGGACUUGCAUUUGGGCAACGGCAGUUCGACAAUUCACAGCGUAGCCGACGUUGAACUCAACGGGAUGGCCAUCAAAGAAAAACUUAUGGCCAAUCGGUUACCAGAGAGUUGCGUUUAAGUGUUUUGUUUUAUAUAUAUUUUUUAUCGAUUAGUAAUGAAUAUUUCAUUGUAUUGAUGCUGGUUGGUUUACCGUCCACGAAUAGGAAUGUACAGAUGGAAAUUUUCUGUAGUUUAAAAAAAAGAAUUUAGGAAGAGUGUCUAACUGUAACUUUCAGACAUACUGUAGACACUUUAAAAUAAAUAUUAAUUAUUGUGGGCGAGGGUUUAAAAAAAUUAGCAAUACUAACUUUAUUUCACAUAAAACAGACAACUGAAACGAUUAACUAUAAUUGGAAACAAUUAAUUUCUGAAACAAACGAUUUAAACAAUUAAAAAAAAGUCUUGACGGCAAGUUAAGAAUUAUUUAUGUUUGGAGAGAAAAUUAGUAACAAAUGAAAUAAAAUUCUAAAGAGUGUUUGUCUAUUGUAACUUCUUGCUUCAUUUUCAAAACUUUUUCACCUGUCUUCGAUAUUACUACUGCCCUCAUAAUUUUUUAUCAUCUAACAAUUUCCUUGUUGUUAUAUACUUAAUACUUUUAUUGAAUUAUAACAAAAAAUAAAAUUUUAAUCAAUAUUAACGGAGAUAUAAACUGAGGUCAUGCUACUGCACAUAACUUCUCUGUCUUCUCUUUUCUGAUGUUUCUACCUUACUCAUUCGUCUUAAAACAAGACCUGUAUGGUCCUACGUCACUCCUUAGGUCCAUCUUUUUUCUUCUUUGAUUCUCCAGAGGCUUUUACAACGUCUACUUUGGUUCUACAUCACUUCUUCGACUUUAAGUCUCCAAAAGCUUCUCCAACGUCCCCUGCCAUCGAUGAACUCGAUUACAUUUCUUUAUUUUACUUUUCCAACACGUUUUGACGUGUAGUCGACAAUUUCGGCUUCUUUCUUUAUGUAUGAAGUAAUCGUUGAAGGUAUUUAUUCUCUUUCUUUAUAAAUUUUCACUUCUGACGUGUUUUCUUUUAUAUAAUGACUUCUAGAUUGUUCACAACCCUGUGAAUAAUAAUGAAACGAUUAAAAUUAAAUUGAUUUUUUCCGUUAAUUGGAAAAACUUUUAUUCCAUUCGAAUUCUAAUUAACAAACAAUAAAAUUUUCGCAACCAGCAUUUUUCUGUUUUCGAAAUCCAAAUAAAAAGCCCAAUUUAGAUGGUCAAUGAGCAAUCUCGUAAAAAACAUACAAAUAAACCACAUCUAGAUUAAAAGCAAUUAAAUCUUUAAUUGGUUUUAAGUUUCACCUCAUCUUCUUAAGUUCCUGAAAGUUUAGUACAUCGGAAAGUUUUAUUUUGUGCAAGAACUUCUUAAUGUUUUUUAUUACAGUUCUUUUUAGAAUCUGCCAAUGGAGUAAAGCACUGUUUAAAAUGCUAGAAACGAACUUUUAUCUAUUACUUCGUUGGUCGAAAACAAAGAACUUCAUUUUAAAUUCAUUGUCAUUUUGGUUCGUUACAUAUCUACUUCGUUCCACUUGUAAUUUGUUUUUAAACACAUUUCUAAUCCCCUUGAGAGAGAGAAAGAGAGUAACAGUUUUUUAAAUACCUAUUUGCUUUUAUAAAAUUCGUUCGAAAGAAUGCAUAAAGGUGUAUAGCUACGGAAACUCCAAACGUUUGAAUAUUUAUUUAAAAUAUAAACUAAUUUACAACAGAACUGUUCUUUAAAUUUACAUAUUUCUUCUUUAAUAAAUUUCUCUUCUUCUGUUUAUGUCUACCAUCUUGUCUAACUUCAUUAGUUCUUCUUUAUCUUGUUUAAUUGUAUCAAUAAUUUAUUUUUUGUCCUUUCUAAUUCUGAUUUGUUCAUUUUUUUGCUUUCGUUAUUUUUCUUGCUAUUUUCAUCCAUUUUAAGAAAGAGCAACAGCAACCAAUCUUCUAUAAUUCCUUCUUCUUUCGAAAUAAAAUUUCGACAUUAACAAAUUAAACUUUGCUACACAAUAUUACUCCUGGUGAUUUUCCAUAUCAAGAUGUCCUCUAUAUUGAAAGAACUCGAGGUCCUAAUAUGUCACUUCUUUGGCUUCUUUUCGAUUGCUGCGCAUGUUUUUUUUAUUAUAAAUAACAACUAAAUGACAGUUCACGCUGAAUCACGUUAACUCUUUUCAAAUUAAAUGAAUAAUAAUAAAUAAUAAGAUAUAAGCUUAACUUCCCCGGUUUUAAUUUUUUUUUUUUCUAUUUUAACUUUUAAUAUUAUUUUGUCCUACAAAGUUUACUAUUAAAAUACUACUAGCACCAAUUCUUUUAUUAUUAUAGAUUUAAUUUAUUUGUGAAAUUUAAAAUUUCGAUUUUGUUCUGAUAAAUCAGAAGCAUUAACUUUAUUAUAUUUUGACAUUGCACAUAUAUAGAAUUGAUGAAAGUGGAGUGGAGUGUCUUAUUAUUUCCUUUUUUGCCAAUUAUGUCCAAUUAUGUAAAACUAUAAAAACAUUGCUACGAGAACCACCCA